GCAUCACAGCUCACACUAGCUUUUCCUUUGUCGUCUGUUACGCGCCGAUUUUUGGGUUCACUUGAAUGUAGAGAGUUUUUGUUGUGGGUGGUGUUUGGCUGCAGAGAAUCUUCUCUCUCGUGAGGGAAACAGGACCGCGGAGGAGAGAGAAGAUGGAGAAAGCUCUGACGAAGGUGGGGAGCUUUUGGAUUUCCAAGAAAGCCAAGGAGGAGAUCUCCAACAUUACUGAAGACCUGUCUACUUUCUCGAACACUGUUGAAGAGAAGGCAAGAUGGGUAUUCAACAAGCUAAAAGGUAAGCCAGCAAAAGCCUUGCCGGAUCUCCUCCGAGAGCACAACCUUCCACCAGGCCUCUUCCCCAGGAACAUAACAUGUUACGAAUUUGAUGAGUCAAGGUCCAAGCUGAUCGUGUAUUUGCCCUCUGCCUGCGAGGUCAGCUUCAAGGACUCGUCCAUCAUAAGAUAUGCCACUCGCGUCAAAGGAACAUUGGCAAGGGGAAAGCUCACUGGAAUAGAAGGAAUGAAGACGAAGGUCCUAGUCUGGGUUAAAGUCACUGUUGUGAGUGUGGAGACCUACAAGUCUGAUAAAGUGUGGUUCACAGCCGGUGUGAAGAAAUCAAGACCCAAAGAUGCUUAUGAAAUGACCCGCGAUGCUGUUAAAAUAGAAGAGUUUUGAGGUUUCGAGUAUUUUGAUAUUCUUCUUGUUGUCAAGUUGUGCAUGAGAGCUCAAUUUAUAGGUGCAUCCAUCCCUUCUCUGAAUGCUGUUUGUAUAUGUUCUAACAGCUUUGGAAACAAUAAUCAUUUCUGUUUCUGCUGGGAAUCCAUUUAUCAAUUCGAUCCCUUCAUUGAAUUUGUCCA